UUUCGUGAUGACAUUCCUGCCUGUUUGCUGAAUUUCAGUCAGUCCGGAGCAGUUCAGAGUCCGCUGGGAAAAACACACGUCAAGUUCAGUUAUCAUGCCAAACUGGGGCGGAGGUAACAAAUGCUGCGCCUGCAACGGGACGGUUUAUCAUGCUGAAGAGGUUCAGUGUGACGGGAAGAGUUUUCACAAGUGCUGCUUCCUGUGCAUGGUCUGCAGGAAAGGUUUAGACAGCACUACUUUGGCCAUCCAUGAUCAGGAGAUCUACUGUAAGUCCUGCUAUGGUAAAAAGUACGGGCCGAAGGGAUACGGCUAUGGUCAGGGAGCGGGAACGCUCAACAUGGACCGCGGAGAGAGACUCGGCAUCAAGCAUGAAGAGACACACACUCACCGGCCCACAACCAACACAAACACGUCCAAGUUUGCACAGAAGUUUGGCGGAUCAGAGAAGUGUGCGCGAUGUGGAGACGCGGUGUACGCGGCCGAGAAAAUCAUGAGCGCUGGCAAGCCGUGGCAUAAGAACUGCUUUCGCUGCGCCAAAUGUGGGAAGAGUUUAGAGUCGACGACGCAGACGGAGAAAGAUGGAGAAAUCUACUGCAAAGCAUGUUAUGCAAAGAACUUUGGACCCAAAGGAUGUGGAUACGGUCAAGGAGCAGGAGCUCUGGUUCACGCUCAAUGACAGUCCUUCUGUUUUGUAAAGGUUGUUAAUAAUUUCAAGAUAAUGAUUAUUUUGCAUAAAGGAAAAGAACUAAAAGAUAAAGGUCAUUUAAGCAUAUUUGGAUAAAGGAAAACAACUAUUAACAACUAUUAUAAAUAUAACUUAUUAUAUAAUUUAACUUGUAAUAUAAUCAAUUAAAUAAGCACAAUAAUACAUUAAAAUAAUGAGAAUUUG